GUUGGUUUCUAUCUUUCAUUGGCACAAAGAGAGAAAAGCUGAAAUUGAGAGAGACAAACAAAAAUGGCAUCGCUUCUGAAAUCGUUCAUCGAUCCAAAGAAGAACUUCCUCGCUCGUAUGCAUAUGAAAGCCAUCUCUACUCGCCUUCGCAGAUACGGUCUGAGGUACGAUGAUCUGUACGAUCAGUAUUAUAGUAUGGACAUCAAAGAGGCUAUGAACAGAUUGCCCAGGGAGGUCGUUGAUGCUCGUAACCAGCGUCUCAAGCGUGCCAUGGACCUCUCCAUGAAGCACGAGUAUCUCCCCAAGGAUCUUCAGGCGGUGCAGACCCCAUUCCGUGGCUAUCUUCAGGAUAUGCUGGCUCUUGUUGAGAGGGAAAGCAAGGAGCGAGAGGCCUUGGGAGCUCUACCACUAUACCAACGCACACUCCCAUAAGCAUUCUUGUUCCCCCUUUUCUUGUGGUCAACGCUGCUUCUCUGCAUAAAUCUCCAGAUGGAUUACAUUGUUAUUUUGGUACUCACUUUCUGAACAGAGCUAUUUGAAAAAAGCUUAAAUCUGUGAUAGUUUUCCUAAAUGGAUAUGUUGCUAGUUACACUUUUUCGCUUUUGCUGGCUUGAAUAAAAUUGACGACACAAC